GCGUGAGAUCCCUUCCCUGUCCUCCCUUUCCUUUCGCGCCCUCAACUCUGCUCAGCUGCUACUCACAGAACCACGUCCGAAGCAAGAAAUUCACGUAACCGAAUCUUGGGUGCACACUACGCACCCCUACCUCUGCGUUACCGCGCACGUUAGCCUCCACCGGCAGCGCAUUAUCCUGUACUUUUCCUUCCGUACUGGUCAUAAACCUCGCCGCAUCCACCUCCACCUCCUCUCUCUCUCUCUCUCGCAUCCCCUCUCUAUCUCUCUCUAAAACUUUCUUUUUCCACUGAAAGUACUUUUCCGAAGCCCUAAACCCCAAAACGCGGCGUUUCGCUCUUCGGUUCUUUGAUCGUCGACAUUUGAGCUCCCUUUUACAUGGUCAAGAGACAAAUAUGGAACAAAAUCUUCAGUUUAAGUGGGGUGAGAAAGCUGGAGAUCGGAAUAACAGAGGUUCCCAGUUCUAUUUGUCGUUCACGAUGGAAGGUGUUGAGUACUUCCUUUAUGACAGCGUAUAUCUUUAUCAUGCUGGUUCUCUUGAGACCUAUAUUGGUAAGCUGGUGUCAAUAUUUGAAACAGAGACCCAUGAGAAGAAGGUAAGGGUCCUCUGGUUUUUCCGUCCUGCUGAGAUAUGCAACUUCCUUGGUGAUUAUGAACCACACUGGAAUGAGCUAUUUUUAGGUUCGGGUGAGGGUAAAGGCCUCUCCAAUAUCAAUCCUCUGCAAGCAAUUGCUGGAAAAUGCAAUGUUGUCUGCACAUCAAAGGACGACAGGAAUCGUCAGCCCUCUAAAGAAGAGUUGAGAACGGCUAAUUACUUCUUCUGUCGUACAUUUGAUGUUGGAAAGUGUGAAAUAUUGGAGAAUUUUCCUGAUGAAAUAAGGGGACUUACAGUGGAGAGAUAUUUUAACAAGAGAAACAAUGAAAAGCUCCUCAGGAUUCCCAAGUUCCAGACAAAUUUGAAAGAUCCAGCUGGACAGUCAAUGGUGUCUUCCAAGUUAGGUUCGGCCAAGUUGAUGCCCUCUCCGGUUAAAAUUGACAAGUCUAGCAGAAGAAUAAACCCUGUAGUGAGAGAAUCGGAAGUGCCAACAGUUCGUAGUGGUGCGUGGGCAUAUGCUUCAAAUGAGACAUUAAGACUUCAACCUGAAUUUGAUGGAUUUGCAACUCAGUCUGCUAGAAUAUCACAUAAUCAAGAGAAAGAAAAACGCAAAACAAUAUUUUUAGAUCAACCACCUCGACCACCUAUGGCUGCAUCUGAUACCCAUCCUUCCAAGAAGAUGAGAGCUCCAGUUGGUGUAGAUUCAACUAAGGGGGAAAAUUCUGGAAAGAAGGCAGAUGUUGAUAGAACAAGGUGGUUCAAGCAACUACCUUGGGAGGAAAGACUGCAGAUAGCUCAAGAUGCAGGCCAAUUGGUCUUACUUGACAAUCUUGAGCCGUCUUAUUCAUCAUCAGAAGUAGAGGGUCUAGUUUGGCAAGCAUUUGGAGAAAAGGUUGAGGCAAAAAUGUUACAAUACAGUAUUCAUCCUACUCCAAACUAUGGCAAGGCCUUUGUCAUAUUCAAGUCGAGUGUUGCUGCUGAAUCUGCAAUAAAUAAAUUAAAGGAGGGAUGCCUUGUUGCGGACAAGAGACCUGUCAUUGGUAUCAGAAGAACUCUAAAAGUGCCUGACAAAGCAGCGAGAUUUGUUGGACAUCUGAGCAUUCCCAAACUCAGGUUUCAUAGUCAGCGUGAAGAAAUGAGAAAGGCAGUAUCAACAUCACACUGUUCUCAGCCCAAUACAAUUGAGUACGACAUGGCCAUGGAAUGGUGUCUUCUACAGCAAAAGUCAGAUUUAUGGUGGGAUGCUUUAUACAAGGAACAUGAAAAGGAGACCGGAGAUGGUAUUACAGUGAAAAAGCAAUUGUAAUUAGCUAGGCACCCUUGGAGAAAAUUGUGUUUCUUUUGUGGAUUACGGUAGAGUCAGACAAGGGUUGCCCCGUAAAUUGGACAGCAUACAGGGUCCUGCCCACGUAGAGGAUUGUUGUAAAUCGCUGACAACGUAGACAUCAGGUUUGUGUAAAUCUGUCAUCUGAUCAAAUAUAAUUUUGCAAUCUUGGGAGGAAAUAUUAGAAUCGAGUUCAUAUGGUAGCAUAUCUUAAUUAUUCCAAGGAUAGUUUUAGGUCAGCUUGUGAUACGUGCAUCUUUUGUAACAACUCUUGUUCAUUUCAAAUUGAGCGUUAUGAUGCGCCUAAAUAUAGAGUUUCACCAUUCAUGGCUGACUGUU